AUGGGUGAAAAUGGAACCUAUAAAGCAUUAGGUGAAAUUCAUGCAUUGAAUGAAAAUAUUGCUACAAUAAAUAUGUCAACAUAUUUAAAUUAUGGAAAACCUUGUGAUGUAUGUUUUUAUGAAUAUAUUGAUAAUAUUAUUCCAUUAAUCAAUCAUAAAAAAAUAUUUACUAGUGGUUAUGAUGUGAGAGAAAUGGAAGAUGAUGAACCUGUAGUAAAACCAAAAAAUGUUCUUAAAUGUUCACAUGGCGAAAUUAUUGAUACAACUGAUAAUAUAUCAACUCGUGGUGGAAUUAAUAAAGAUGUGAGGACAAAUAUUUAUUUACCACAUCGUUAUCGUCAAGAAACAGCAGCAAAUGCUGCUAUUGAAUUGACUUAUUUAUUUCUAAAGAAAUUAUGGCAUUUAACGGAAACAAACCAUAAUAGUACAUCAUAUUUUGGUCGAUUAUUAGAAUCAUUUAACUAUAUAAUGGGCAAUACUAAACUUACUAUGAAUGCUAUUAUUACAAGUUUAUCGUUAUCAAAUGAUUAUUGUUUCGCUUAUGUUUUUACAAAUGAAUUAGGUAAUGAUAAUGAAAGAAGUAAUGAAGUUUCUAUCCUUGCUAAACGUAAAGAUUGUAAUAUGCAUUUCCUAAUAUCGAAUCGUGCAAGUACACAUCAACAAAUAGAAAUAAAAACAAAAGUAAUCGAACAAAUAGCUUUGGAAACAAGAGCUUCGAAUACUUUAUCAUUCAUUGGUUCAUCAUCAGAUAUAUCCAUUAUUGUUAAAAAUCUACAUAAACUAAAUGCAUUAAAUUCAUAUACAUUACACACUAGUAUGAUAUCAUCAUUUAAUAAUAUUCGACAACUUAUCUGUAAUUCUCUAUUUUCAUCAGGUAAAAUACUAUAUGAAACGUGUCAAGGUCCUAUUGAUUCAUGUUCAUCAAGAUAUUGGAAUGUAUAUCUCAAUAUAACAGACAUUAAUCCAUUGAAUAUUCGAGUUGCUAUUCAUUCUGUUGUUCUUACUUAUUAUGAUAAGGAAAUAAUGUCAUCCAAUAAUAAGCCUGUCGAUCCAAAAUUGCAACAACUUUUUCCUUUACCAAGUAAUUUACGUGCUAAUGUUAGAAAAACUGAUGUUGUUACACAAGCACAUCGUACUGAACAAGAAUAUUUUGAUUCUGAUGAUCUGGAUGUUGAAUCAUACAAUAAAACAAAGACAACUAAUAAUAGAAAACUUAAUGAUGAUUUAGAUUAUCAACCAGCACCAGGUAGUCCUAGUUAUCAAGCAGAAUCAAAAGACGAAGAAAAUGAUGAUGAUGAUGAAGAAGAUCCGCUUGAACAAUUUAUGAAAACAAAUAAUAAUCAAGCAAAAAAAGAUUUAGAAUCUAUAGGAAAGAAAAAGGAAAAGAAACAAGAAAAAGGAACACGUGAUGAUAUUGAAAAAGAAGAUGAUCAAGAAUCAUACUUUCGUUGGCUUGAAGAAAAUCCAAAUGCUGGUCUGCCGAUAGCAGAUGAUGAUGAUGAAGAUCGAGAAUUACAAUAUGAUGAUGAUGGUAAUUUAAUUGCUCCUGAAAUAUCUAAACAUAUUGAUCCUCUUCCAUCUAUUGAUCAUUCUACAAUUGAAUAUUCACCAUUUGAAAAGAAUUUCUAUGUUGAACAUGAAGACAUUCGUAAUCUAUCAAAUCAACAAGUCAAUGAAUUAAGAAAUAAACUUGGUGUUAAUGUUCGUGGUAUAAAUACUCCUCGUCCAGUCGUUAGUUUUGCUCAUUUUGGUUUUGAUGAACGUUUAAUGAAAACACUUCGUAAAUCUGAAUUUGCAACACCAACACCGAUUCAAGCACAAGCUAUUCCAAGUGCUUUGAGUGGACGUGAUAUUAUUGGUAUAGCUAAAACAGGUAGUGGAAAAACUGGUGCAUUUAUUUGGCCAGCUCUUGUUCAUAUUAUGGCUCAAGAACAGCUUCAAGCUGAUGAUGGGCCUAUUGUUCUAAUCUGCGCUCCUACACGUGAAUUAGCUCAACAGAUUCAUCUUGAAUGUAAAAAAUAUGGAAAACCAUAUAACAUUAAUUCCGUAUGUGCAUUUGGUGGUGGAAAUAUGCACGAACAAAUAAUGGCUUGUAAAGAAGGAUGUGAAAUACUUGUUUGUACACCUGGUCGUCUUAUUGAUUUAGUUAAGAAAAAAGGUACAAAUUUACAACGUGUUACGUAUUUAGUUUUUGAUGAAGCUGAUCGAAUGUUUGAUAUGGGUUUUGAACCACAAGUUCGUUCAAUUGCUGAUCAUGUACGUCCUGAUCGACAAUGUUUAUUGUUUAGUGCAACAUUUAAAAAAAAAGUCGAAAAAUUAGCACGAGAUAUUCUUACUGAUCCUGUUCGAAUUGUUCAAGGUGAAGUUGGCGAAGCUAAUCAAGAUAUUCUUCAAAUAGUUCAUAUUCUUUCAAAUGGUCCAAGUAAAUGGACAUGGCUUUUAUCUAAACUUGUUGAAUUUACUGUGUUAGGAAAAGUUCUAAUAUUUGUAACACGUAAAGAUAAUUGUGCAGAAUUAGCAAAAAAUCUAAAAGAGAGUGGUUUUACUGCUGGCCUUAUCCAUGGUGAUAUGGCACAAUAUGAUCGUACACAAGUUAUCAAUGAAUUUAAAAAACGUGAUAUACCAAUUUUAGUUGCUACAGAUGUAGCUGCACGUGGUCUUGAUAUACCAUCAAUACGAACGGUAGUUAAUUAUGAUGUUGCACGUGAUAUUGAUACACAUACACAUCGAAUUGGUCGAACAGGACGUGCUGGUGAAAAAGGAACAGCAUACACAUUAUUAACACAAGCAGAUAAAGAAUUUGCACCGAAUCUUGUUAGAAAUUUAGAAAAUGCUAAUCAAAAUGUUCCAUCAGAGUUACUGAAUAUGGCUAUGCAAAAUAGUCAUUUUGCUAAUAGUCGAUCUCGAUAUGGUGGCGGUAAUAGAAAACAUUUUUCUUUAGGAAAUCGUGCACAAAGAGAACGACCUGGUUUUGGUUCACAUAGUGGACCAUCUUCAUCAACAUCCAACAUAAUUGUUGAUUCAUCGAAUCCUUUUGAUUAUGAUGGACCAUCGACAAAAAAAACAACUACAGUAGGUCCAAUGACAGAUUGGCGUGGAGGUUCCACUGCACCAUCUGGUACUAAUCGAACAUCAGCUAUGAAAGCAGCAUUUCAAUCUCAAUUCAAAUCGAGCUUUGUCGCAGCAACAGAUACUGGUCUUAAAAGUCAUUCAGUAGCUGUACCCAGUUCAGUAACACAAAAACGUACAGGACAAACAAGUAAAACUGAUUCAACAUCAACAACAAAACGAAGUCGAUUUAGUGACUGA